AUGGCGUGGUUAUUUAAUAGUUUAGUCAUCACCGGCAUAAUUCUGUUACUUUUGUUGAUAAAACAAUAUUUCUUCCGGCGUCCUGUGAAAAGUGUUGAUGGCAAGCAUGUUGUAAUAACUGGAGGAUCAAGUGGCAUUGGUAAAUCCAUUGCUUUACUCGCCGCUAAGAGUGGUGCGCAUGUGACAAUAAUUGCGCGGAAUAUUCCAAAACUUGAGAGUGCUCGUGAUGAGAUAUUCAAUGCAUGCAAGAAUCGUAAUACUCAGAAAAUCGAAUACCUGUCUCUAGAUAUAAGUGACAAUUACGAAGCUAUUGAGAAGGCAUUGUCAGAUCUGGUGAAGAUAAUGGGCCCUAUUUAUAUGCUUGUCAAUUGUGCUGGUACUGCAAUUUGUGGUAAAAUUGAAGAUACUACUCCAGAGAAUUUAAAGUGGAUGAUGAAUCUCAAUUUCAUGGGAACUUAUUACUGUACUAAAGCAGUCAUUCCACGAAUGAAGAGUUCAAAAGAUGGAAUUAUCGUUAUUGUAUCGUCUCAAGCAGCUCUUUUGGGUAUUUUUGGAUACUCUGCCUACUGUAGCACCAAAUUUGCUCUUCGAGGUUUCGCUGAAAGUAUAAAAAUGGAAUUAACUGCAUAUAAUGUCUCGGUGACUUUAUGUCUGCCUCCAGAUACUGACACUCCAGGCUUUGCAGUUGAAGAAUUAUCAAAACCUCUUGAAACAAAACUCAUAACAAACUCUUCCUCUACUUUAGUUAGUCCUGAUUUAGUUGCACAAAAGUUAUUUAAUGAUGCCUUAAGUUGUAAAUUUUUUUCAACAACUGGAUUUGAUGGUUUUAUAUUGACUACACUUUGUGCUGGAAUGUCCCCAUUUACAUCAAUUUAUGAACUACUUAUACAACUGUUAUUAAUGGGUCCAUUAAGACUUGUUGGAGCUUUUUAUCUUACUUUAUUCCAAAGAAUUAUUAGAAAUUGUAUGAUGAUUCGAGAUAAAAAUAAAAAGUUUGAAUAAGUAUUAUUAAUUUCAAUUAAUCAAUUUUAUACAUACGAAUAAUUGUAAUUUCAAUCAAGUAUUUAUUUAAAUGUAAUAUUAAAUUAUUAAUAUAUAACUGUUUAUUAAUUAUAUAUAAAAUCAGAGUUUGAAGGGUAAAGAUAACAUCAUCAACGGUUUGGUUUACUUUUAUUUAGUAUCCCGUAAGUUCAUAGUAUAAUGUUCUUUCAUUAAGCAUUAUGAUUCUUACACACAUAUAACAGGGUUCGUUCUUCUACCCAUUGAUGUCACAAAAUAGUUUAAAACAAAAAUUCGAUGGUAUGUAAAUAGUUUGUUUUUAAUGUUGAAUAUUCAAUGAAUUAAAUCACACCUUACAUUCAGGCAUUUUUAGUCUUUAAAAAUCACUUUAAUAAUUAUAAACAAUUAUUAUUAUUUAUCGCGACAUGGACUUAAUAAUUCGCGUGCAGGCCCAAUGUUAAAGUGUAAAUUGUACAAAACAAAUUUAUUCCACACAUUUACCAAAAUAAAAAAAUUUUUUCAACUCAA